UUCGUUUUUAUUUGUUUGGGUCGUCAGACCAAACAAAUAAUGGUAGCGAAAUUUCAGGACCGACUGCUCUUACUUGCAGAUACCGAAAGUAGUCCGCUGUUUUGAAGCGGUUACUUCCCUUUACAUGGACAUUAAGGCCGAAAAAAUUCAGGGGAGAUCACGGCGUUAAGAUUGUCAAAUGGACUGGUCCCCUGCGAACCAUAAGAGGACAGGGAACCAGAUUAUUUGUCAAAACAGGCGCAUUAAUUUUCAAACGUGCUCAGGGAAGAAAAUAUAGUUCCCGUUUGGUCGAAGAUUUCUAAUAUUGUGCAAUUCUGUAACAUUUCCGCAAAUAACUGGUAUUAUAUUGAAAUAAUUUUGACUAAACGUACGUCAAUUUUGAACUCUUCAAUUAAAAGGCGUUCGUUUAUGGGUUAGUUUAUAUAACUAAUUCAAUUUGUCACGUGAUCAAAACACGCUGAAGAGUCAACAGAACAACCCACGGAGAGGAAAGAAAGAAGGUUGUGUUGUUUGGGAAAAGAUUGAUCUGAAAUUGUGAAGUGCAUCAUUUUAGUGAAGAAUUUACAGCAGUUUGGUUGAGAGGUUUUUUGACAUUGUGUAGUUUGGGCUACAUGUUGCUUGUUGGACAUUGCAUAUAGACUGGAAGUAAAUGUGGAGUGCUACUUUUAAUGUGAAGAAUUUACAGCUGUUUGGUUGAGAGUUUUUCUUUGAUGUUGUGUAGAUCAGGGGUCUUAAAUAUAGAACAUUGACAUCAGAGACUUAAAUUCUGUGUGGAGUGCUACCUUUAUAGUGAAGAAUUUACCGCGGUUUAGUUGAGAGUUUCUCUUUGAGAUGUCUAGCUUAAGCAGCUUGUUAAAGGAAAGAGGAGGGCCAUACAGUAAGCCAUUUAAAGUAAAAGUUGUUGCUGUUCUAAGUCCCCAGCACUACACUGGCAGAGAUGGCACUGAUAAGUCAUCACUUACUAUUGCUGUAAGUGAUGGUGAGACAGUACUUAAAGCUAUUUGCUAUGAUAGUAGCAAAUAUGCUAAACUGAAGGUUGGUAACUCUAUUGUGAUAAGAGAGGUUAUCACAAAAUCAGAAGAUGGUCACCACAUCAUAGUGAUGACCAAAACAUCCAAAGUGUUAAGCUCUGCUCCACUAGAAGUAGACCAGACAAAGUUUACGGAGGGAGAGGAUUUAAUAAGACACAGACCAGCAGAAAGCCUGAAAAUUGCACAGGCACUAACAUCGCCACUAAAGAAAAGAGUGUCUGUCAUGGGUAGAAUCGUACAGUAUUGUGAUAAGAGAGGUUAUCACAAAAUCAGAAGAUGGUCACCACAUCAUAGUGAUGACCAAAAACAAUCCAAAGUGUUAAGCUCUGCUCCACUAGAAGUAGACCAGACAAAGUUUACGGAGGGAGAAGAAGAUUUAAUAAGACACAGACCAGCAGAAAGCCUGAAAAUUGCACAGGCACUAACAUCGCCACUAAAGAAAAGAGUGUCUGUCAUGGGUAGAAUCGUACAGGAAGAUGAGCCACAGAGAGUAAACGUGAGGGGGAGCGGGUCAGAAGUUAAGAUCAAAAAAAUCACAAUAGAAGACUCGACAGGAAAGGCAAAGGUUACCCUGUGGAGGACCAUGGCAGAUACUACUGUCAGGCCUGGAGAUUUUGUUAAAAUAACAGAUGUUGUUACAAAUGUGUUUAACAACACAACCACAUUGCAAACGACAAGCCUGUCAGCUAUAGAAAAAUGUGAUGCUCCAAUUGAAAGAAAAAUCGUAGAAGUUGAGGCUGUUGGUGUUGAAGAAGAGAAAGCAGAGUUGUACUUGACAACAGGGGAGAUUAUAAAUGUGCCAUUGCCACUUCUACAGGUAACCCUCGGAAAAGAAACCAAAGACGAGGUUGAACUUUGCACAGCCUCCGGGCCAAUAACUCUGGAGGUGGAAAUAAGUGGGGCAGAUACUAUUGGUAUCAAUCUAAUGAAUUAAAGUAAUAAAAAUGUCAAUAGAGAGUUAUAAUUGGGGAAAAAAACACGUUGGAUGACAUUCAUUCUAAAAUUACUGCUCCUGAGUUUGACAUUUCUAUAAGUAUGUCCACCAUAAUUGUUCAAAUAAAAGCAUGGUCAUUGAUUUCUUCCUUAUAAAAACUUGAAAAAUCUCCUUUUAAAAAUCCCUAAAGCUUUGAUAUUAAGCAUGAAACAUCUUUAUAUGUUUGUUCAUAUAAAAGGAUGGGGUCAAAAUUGUCUCCAUCCAGGAGGAUCAUUGACUUUCCUUAUACGCAUUUUGUAAAAAAAAAAAAUUCUUUAAAAACCAAAUUAACAAUUAUUCUGACUUGAGCGAUUUGGACCACAUUUAUAUGCUUAAGAUGUGUAUAUUUUGAUACCUGUUUUUGAAAUGUUUAUAUAUAAUAUGAUCUCAUACUAUAAUAAUAUAUGUGCUGUAUAUGUAUAUUGAUGCCAUUGUUAAAAAGAAAUGACAAAGCUCUUGUUUGUUGCCAACAAGUUUUUAUAAUUAUUUACAGUAUUGCAUAAUAUAUUGCCAAAUCCCUAUUACUAAUGCCUAGUCAGCCAAUUUUAGUAUCAUAUCUCAUUCCUUAAUUUUAAUAUUAUAAAACUGUGUGUCGUAUGAUAUUGUUUAUUGAAAUAUCUAUCUAAAAUGCCAGUAUAAUAGAUAUUACAAAAUGUCAAGUCACAUAGAAUAUUAUAUAUUUAUUAUUGUUUAGAUGCAUUUUUAUCAAUUUGGUGUGUUUUUUUGGAAAACUAUGUUUGAAAAUCAAGUAUACAAAAUGGACACAUAAUUUUUUUAUGAUGUUAGAAAUGUAAUCGAUAAAUUGUCCAAUCAUUGAAAACAUAUAUUUGUUUAAUUUUCAAAUAUAUUUGCAAAGAUAUGUUGAUAUGUCUAUACACACAGCUUGUUAAGGAUUUAUUUCUUACUUUGUCAUGAUUCCCCUAAAGUCUGCAAACUACAAUAAUAUGUUAUACUCGGCAUAUAAUUUUGUUGCUAUGAUUACAUAUUCGUUACAUUUGUACAUAUGUUACAUAUCUGUGUAUUCUUGUUAAAUGUUCUCAUAUGACAAUAAUACUAAAUGAUCUCAUACAAAAGUAGUCCAUAAAUAAUGCCUUUUACAAAUCUAAUAAUUCGUAUAUAAUAGACAAUUGUGUGCAUUACUAUCUUAUAUCUACAUUUAAGUGCUAGUAACUGUUCAAAUAAAAUACAGAACAUCUACAUUUAAGUGCUAGUAACUGUUCAAAGAAUACAGAACAUCUACAUUUAAGUGCUAGUAACUGUUCAAAGAAUACAGAAUGAUGUUCGAAUUACUACACUUACUGUAUCACAAAUGUUUUUCUUUGUUGUUGUUAUAUGUGUGCAAAUAAAGAUUAUAUGUAAUUUAUACAGAGAUACAGGCUAAAUAAUAAACAGUUAAUGUGAUACAAAAUAUAGCAAGGUUCAUAAUACUCAUUCAGUUCAAUAGAAACAUCAGAAACUAUCUGAUGAGUAGAAAUCCAAUUGCCAAGUUUAUGUGUUCUUACUCUUCUGUAUUAUAGUAAAAAUAAAAAAUUGUUCCUAGUUUAUACUAUUUGAAACUCGAGAUAAAAGUCACGAAAAUAAGAGCAUCAGAAUAUGUUAUUUCAUAUGGCUUUCCAUUACCCUAUAUCCUAGAGAGAAAUAGGCAAAUUAUGAGCAUGCCCUUCUCUCCUUUCAAUAUAAAUAUGGAAUUUGCAAUGUAGGUAACUUAUAUAUGCACUGCACAAAAGGUCUCCAAACUAUGCUUUUAUCAUUGAUUACCUUGUCGAGAUGCUCUACUUUUUUACUACAUUUAUCUGCUUAACAUAUGUAUAUCCUGUUUACUGUUUUUUAAAAUGUUUUUAUGUAAAAUGAUCUCAUACUAUAGUUAUCUAUGCACUGGAUAUGUAUAUUGAUGCCAUUGUUAUAAAGAUGAUCUCAAACUAUAAAAAUAUACUAGUAUGUGCUGUAUAUGUAUAAUGAUGCCAUUGUUAAAAAAGGAAAGACAACAAGUUUCUUCUUAUUACUUACAGUAUUGCAUAAUAAUUUGCCAAAUCUAUAUUGGUAAUACAUGUACCUAGUCAUCCAAUUUAAACUUUUUACUCCCAUGUCUAGUUUAAAUAUUACAAAAUUCGUAAUAACUAUUAUUUAAAUCAUCUUAUUCAUUGCAAUGUGGCAUGAGCAUUUCUAAAGGUUAAACAUUAUGUAUUUGUUUCUUUGUAUAAAUGCCAUGUUGACCAUAUAAUAUUUAAACUUAAAAAAAACCCAUCUUCACCAUAUAAUAUAAAUAUACUGUUAUACUUGUUGUAAGAUAUGUUGGAUAUAAUAAUGUUACAAUUAUAUUUUUGCAUGUUUAGAUAUAGGAUACCGUUUUGUAUGUUUAGAUAAGUUUUGAUAUAUUGAAAUGUUACAUUAUUUACAGUUCAUUAAAAUAUAAAUUCAUAA